AUGGCUCUCGAAGAGCUGUCCGAUGCACAUGCUAUACUACUAGCUACACAACUCUGCGCAGGUGGUAAUGUGGCGGACUUGCCUAUUCUACAGGCCCGGUUUCCCCAUUGUUUUCCGUUGGAACGCCUCCUGCGCAUCAUCUUGACCUUUCUCCCAGAGAGCACAGAGCCCUCUCAGUAUACCCCGGUGAUACAAGAGCUAGCAAAUAGCUCUAAUCUGCCAUCUGACCGACCGAUCAAUACCUCUGCCGUCCAGGACUUGUCCGAAUCGCUCGCAAGAAAGCGCGUGCGGAAGCUUCAUUUACGGCCACUACAACGCCCUGACGAGGAAGACGAGAUAGCUUCAGCAGAUCCUUUGACCAAAUUCCUUAUCCACCGGGCACAUCUGAUUGACUCGGAAACAGCGCUCCAGCCUCUCAUCCUCGAUCUUAUCAUCCCGUUCUACGAGCACUCGCCAAUCAUUCAAACAUGGCUAAUAUCGAGCCUAUUACCAUUACUCCGACUGAACUAUGAAUUCUACGCCCAUCGAGACGAAACUAUAUCUCUUGAGAUCCUGGAGUCUAUGGACGAUCAAACCGCGGUCAACAUUCUCCUGUCUUUGAUGAGCCCCGAAGAAAGCAACAUGGACUUGGUCAACAACCUCAGGGGUCUGAUUGGACCUUGGCUCUAUGGUGGUAAUCGGUCAAAACGUCGAAGGCUUAACGAAGCAGCUCAGCAGAGUUCGGUUUCUUUCAUUGAAGGCUCCGAGAAACCUCAAGCAACCGAGUUGGCUGGAUGGGAACACGUGAAUGAAUGGCUACUGUCGCGGAGUCUUGUAGACCGCGACAGCGUUGUGAGCGCCUUCACCCACUGGGAUGGACCAUCAGAUGUGGACUUGGGGGGAUAUGACAAUGCUGGCACGCAAUUGUCCGAAGAGCAGACGAGAGAUUUACAGGUUCGAUACGGCCAGUCCGGUCUUGCUGUGGUGUAUGCCCAUGCAGACUCAUCGAUGGCUAUGCUGGAGGGCUCGUUCCAGGUCCUGACGAGGGUCGCCAAGCUCCUCGAUCUUGAAGACAGCUCGUACCUCACUCCUGAUUCAGAACUGCCAUCUGUGCACUAUGAUACCGAGUCAAUCUCCUCGACAUCCCGCGCGUCUCUAUUGCAGAACUCCCUUUUGAGACGAACGAACCAUCUUACAAAACCAUCGCCCCCAUCAAUCUCGUUCCUUAGCGCUUUACUUAUCUCCCUCCGUAUACUGACCGAACUUGGUCAUCUGGUUCCUUGUCGGGUUGCGGCAAAUAUGUGUCUUCACAGUACCGAGGAAAUGCAAUUGGCCGAACUCAAAAGUGUUGUGAAUUCUACUGUGAAGCAACCAAAUUCAAACCAAGACUGGUCUAUGGUUCGACAACGAUUGCUUUGGCUUCGAGAUUGGCAGGCGGAACAGUCCGAUAACGCCUGGGAUGAACCUUCACCAUACCAUGGACUUUUCUGGCGGAUCCCGCGCGACACGGUUGAAACGGAGAUCUUGAAGGCGCUGCUGGCAGCUAAAGAGUAUGAAUUGGCCAUCGAUAUAUACACCAACUCUAAACCAGCGCCACUCAAUCCUGCCCAAGUGGAAGCUGCGGUUCAAGAAGCCAUAUUCACAGCCUAUGAUAAUGCAAGCAACGGAAAUCGAACCAGGGGCGGAAUGAAGAGAGCUUAUGACAUCUUACAAUCAUUCACAUCACACUUCCCGGAGUCUGUUGUAUUCAAACAGAUCCACGCCCUCAUCGCCGCAACACACGCACUCUCAUACUAUUCGCUGACCCUGCAACACGGUGUUCCAUUCCAGCCUGUUAGCAUUCGCGUCCAUCACGACCCCAUCCUCUUGAUUGAGAAAGUACUUGAGCAAAACGCAAAAAGCUACACCAAACUAGACGAUCUUCUCUCUAUCGGACGAAACCUAGUAGCCGCAGGCGUUCCCACGCAAGCGGCACCACACGAAGCUGAAGACGAGCCGACUCACCAUAAACCCCCAAAGGAGCACGCCCUCCUCACUGCAGAACGCCGCAUCACCUCCCUAGCAAUUGCCUCCGCUCUAUCCUCCAACGACUUCGGCACAGCCUACUCCUACAUUCUAACCCGACUAACACCACCGUCCCUCCUCUCAACCUCCUCCCCCCUCCUAAACACCACCUCGGUCCCUGACGACAUCACCUGGCGUGCCGUCUACAAUGCAGGUCGCUACCGCGCCACAACACCAACCCACCCACCGCCAACCCUCCAAUCCCAAAUCUCGCAUCUCUCCCAGAGAAUGGAACUCCUCUCCCUCGCCCUCGUCCUCGUCCCAUCCCCAGACCCACUCCCGGAAAUCCUCGGUGCCUGGCGUCGUUGCGAUGAAGAACUCACCUCGCUGCGUGCGCGUGAGCAGCAAGAAGAAGACCUUUGGGACAGAAAAGGCGAUACACUGACCUCUGUCCCGGGAGGAUUCGGGCCCUCGGACUCAGAGCGCGACGCCUUUGAUAUGGAGCAGCAACGGGCCGCGCGCCGUGCGCGCGCAGCAAUGCCGAACUCUCAUCGUCACGAGGCGCCCAUGGGUCUAUUUGAGGUUGCUCGUGGCGCGGCUUUGGCGCUGCAUAAGAAUGCUUUCCCGUUGAGGGGCGCAGCUGAUGGUUCGGCGCCGCUUGCUCCUCGGGAUGAUGAUCGGCCGCUGUCGCCGGAUAGUGAGGGUCGUGUUAGGAAGAGGGAUAUGGUUAGCAAUAUGAUGACUGGGGGCUUGGUUAGUGGGAUUGGUUGGGUUCUUGGCGCUGAUCCGGUGAGCAAGAAGUAGGGGAGGCAGGGACGAUAUGGGGUUAUGGAAGGUUGGAAUUCCUUACAGUUGCUUCUGUGGUUGAUGAGGAUGCGUAUCGAGGCAUGUGCUGUAUGUAACACUUAUGAUAACAAUGAG